AUGAAUGGCGAGCCGGACGUGGUAUCACCCGUUGGUGAUGUAUCCAAUGUCCUGCCGCAAGAUGGCAAGGCAUGGUGGAAGAAGCCCCAUCUGCUGAAGUUGAACUUCUAUAUCUUCAGCUUCGUUCUCUUUUCCGCCUCGAAUGGCUACGACGGAGCAUUGAUGAACGGUCUCCAGGCUCUACCGCUCUGGCAGAAUUUCAUGGGGCACCCAACUGGAGCCUGGCUGGGAUUCAUGAAUGCCUGUACGUCGUUAGGUGGUGUUAUCAUGGCCUGGCCUUCUGCAUGGGUUUCUCAGAAAUGGGGUAGGAAAUCCGGCAUUUAUCUAGGAUAUGUCUUCCUGGUUGUCAGCGUGAUCCUGCAGACAGUAGCGCCGAGCCCCGCUGCCUUCAUUGCUGGAAGAAUACUGAUCGGUUUCGCUGCUCAACUUUAUGGCAACUCUACUCCGCUCUUGAUCGCUGAAACUGCGUAUCCAUCCCAUCGGGCAAUUGCCACGGCCCUGUACAUGUGCGGGUGGUAUAUCGGCAGCUUGAUUGCGGCGUGGGCCACCUUCGCAACACGACACUACAGCACAGACUGGAGUUGGAAAACCCCCGUCCUGCUGCAAAUCGCAAUUCCCGUGUUCUCGUUACCAGGUGCAAUACUAGCCCCCGAGAGCCCGCGCUGGCACGUCGCCGGAGACCGACUCGAUAAAGCCACCGACACCCUGGUCAAGCAUCAUGGAGGGGGUAUCCGAGACGACGUUAUCAACUUCGAAAUCCAAGAGAUCGUGUCCACACUCCAGAGCGAGAAGGAAGUGGGGGCAACAACCUCGUGGAACAGCCUCAUCCAGACAAAAGGAAACCGCCACCGCAUGUUCAUCACUGUCUCGCUCGGGUUCCUCGCCCAGUGGAACGGCGUGAACAUCUGGAACCUAGUUUUCGCCGUCGGCGCUGCAUUCUCCGUUGAUCGUCUGGGCCGCCGCAAGCUCUUCCUCAUAUCCAACGGGGGGAUGGUCAUCAGCUACAUCUGCAUUACCGCGCUCUCAGGAGUCUAUGCGAGAAGCGAUGCUGCGCCAAUCGGAACGGCCGUCAUCCCGUUUAUCUUCAUCUUCUACGCCUUCUACGAUAUUGCCUACACCCCCCUCCUCGUCGCCUACCCCGCCGAAAUCUGGCCAUACACAUUCCGAUCCAGAGGAAUAGCUGCGACGCAACUAUUUACCCAAGCCUCCGUGGUACUAAAUGUUUUCAUCAACCCCAUUGCGCUGGAUGCUAUCGCCUGGAGAUAUUACAUCGUGUUUGAUGUUGUCCUCUGUGCGGCUAUCCUGACGGUCUGGUUCUUCUAUCCUGAAACAAAGGGCCACACGUUGGAAGAAAUGGCGGUUGUUUUCGAUGGGCCGGAUGCGGCGGUUUAUGGGACCGGAAUGGACGUCGUGCAUGAUGAGGACCUGGAUGAUCAUGCUCCUACUCCUCCGGAUGUCGCCAAAGGUUCAUCUUCUCGGGGAUGA